UUAGUUCAGGAUAGCUGAAUGUGGACGAAAGAACCAUUUGGGAAGUUAACUUCAGGCAAAGAAUGUUCUCUAUACACAGCAGAUACUGGCACAGGCGUUAGAAUAGCAAUCACAGACUAUGGCAUCUCGCUAGUAUCAUUCAUUUUUAGCGGUACAGACUCCAAACGAGACGUACUGCUCGGGUUUGAUGAUGUAUCAGGAUAUGAAACUCAUGAUUUCUAUUCUGGGUGUAUUAUUGGUAGGGUUGCUAGCAGAAUAGCACAUGGUAAAUUUGAACUUGAUGGUAAAGAAUACCAGCUAACACUAAACAACAACAAUGAGACACAUCUACACGGUGGUUUUACUGGCUUAUCUAAAGUAGUAUGGGAUUGUGAGAUUGUCGGAGAUACACUCAAGUUUUCUCAUACCCAACCAGACGGGAGUGAGGGGUACCCUGGAAAUUUGGAGGUGACUGUAAUUGUUUCUAUCAGAACUAAAUCUAAUCGUGGCAAGGUAAAAGGAACAUUCCUGUCACUUGACAUGACUGCUACUUGUGAUCAAGCCACUCCCAUAAACCUGACAUUCCAUCCAUACUUCAACAUGGACGGCCAGGAUUCAGGCUCUGCUCUGGACAAUAAACUGACAGUGUUUGAUUACGCUGGAUACCUACCAAUGGAUCCUGAAACUGUACUCCCAACUGGGGAGAUAUUAUCAACUAAAGGAACCCCUUUCAACCUGGAUAUCUCCAGAAUUGGAGAUCUCAUAACUGAUGUUCCGGGAGGAUACGAUCACUCCUUCCACUUAUGUUCCAAAUCAGGAUUUGUAGUUCCUGCUGCUGAGAUAGCCUCUAAAGAUGAACAGUACAGAAUCAGAGUGCUCACUGACCAGCCAGGUGUACACGUGUAUUCUGGUAACUUCCUGGAUGAGAGCAAGGGUAAGGGAGGGGCGGUUUAUGGUAAACAUGGAGGGAUUGCACUGGAAGCCCAGAACUUUCCGAAUGCGGUUAAUGUUCCAGCUUUUCCUAGUUGUAUCUUACCUGAAGGAGAGGAGUACAAGAGAAAUAUUACGUUUAGCUUCUGUUUUUAAGUUUUAUCAGACUGAUUAUCGAUUUAUGGGGAUGCUUUUUGUAUAUAUAUAAUAUAUUUUUUGAAGAGAGGCUGGACCUUUUUAUAUGCUAAUGAUUUGAUCUGCAAUUUGCAUGUUUAGAUAAUUUAUUAACUUUUUGAUUUGGUUUUCAGACUUGAGGUUUGUUAAAUUUCCAUGUAAUUUUUAAAUUUAAACUGACUUUGGUAAUAUUAAGUUUGAGGUGAAUCAGCAUUUA